AUGGCAGCUUCAACCGCCGUGGACCAAUUCAAGGGCGACCUCUCGGCGACCAUCAAGUUCCUGGGGAGCAUGUCUUCCAUGCCCAACUAUGAGUCGAUUCGCCAGAUCCAAGCUGAUGCCCUCACGAAGCGAGCUGCAGGGCUUUGCCUCGACCCUGAGGCAGGGGCAGCACUGGCCGAUUCGUGGAGCACCGGCCCAUGGCCUGUUGACCAAACCAAAGCCUUUUCUGAAGUGCUGGCCAAGGGUGUCAGUGCAACAAGUGGGAGCAAAGGCAGCAAGAAUCGCAGGGAGAAUCAAAUGUGCAGCAGCUUCGAGUCCUACCUGAGCGAGAAGGACGUGGAAGUGCUGACUUCUGAUUCCAGCAUCCACAUCAAGAUCGACACUGCAGCAAGCAGGUGCUGCCGAUUGAGGCUCACAUUGCCCUCAGAGCAAUGUGUGAAAAGUAUCCUGGCCGCCAUCGCUGCAAGAUCCGGUGGCACAUGCACUGAAGCCGAGCUCUUUCUCCAGGUGGCGGAGUUCAAAAGAGUGCUUCGUCUCAAAGCGAAGAAAGUCCCAAAAGAAGGGAUUCACAUUGAAACCUAUCCGGUUGGUGGGCCUCGUGAGCUACCGGAUGUUUUGUUCAAGGCGGCCUACGAUGCCGAGGAUGGGCCGGUUAGCACUCUGCUGCCGGCUGGGCAGGUGGCACUCAAAGCCGUGGACAUUUCGCUGAGACCGACGAACAAGAAGGUGAGAGGCAUCUUUGCCACACCGAAGGCGAGCACUGCCUUGGUGCCUGCAAAUUCUAUGUCGAUGCCUGGCAUGCACAUGGCUGGCAUGAACAUGAUGGUUAACCCCUACAUGCAGGGAAUGAUGGGCAUGCAUGGCAUGCCAAAUGCUUCGUCCAUGCAGGGCCUCAUGCAAUGGAUGAAGCAGCAGCAAGAUCAAUUGGCGACCCAGCAGGGAGGGUUGCAGAACCUCCAGAUCUUCGCUCCCGGCACGGGGUCCUCUUCGGGAUCGCAACAGCCGCCAUCUUCUUCGACACCGGCAUGUGCACAGCAGCUAUGUUCUUCGACACAGGCACAGCAGCCAUCUUCUACGACACAGGCACAGCAGCCAUCUUCUUCGCCACAGGCACAGCAGCCAUCUUUGCCAUGUUCCGGCCAGAACAUCGAGACAAAGCCUGCAGACCCCUUCGCCUUCCAGCUCGACACAACUCAGGCCCUAGAGGAAGCCACCAAAGUGUCCGAUGCAUUGGACAACCGCAAGACUGGAGGCUGCAAGCUCGCCGGCAUUCAGAAACUAGCCAUGUCGUUGGACGUGGCCAGCUUGGGUCGGAAGCAUUAUGUGAGCCAGAGUGAUUUAGCAGCUGUUUUGAAGGAGGUUUCCGAAUCGUCUUCCACAGUGGCACCUUCCAGAUCAGGCAUCAAAAGAGCCAGAGAGGAACAGGUCGCCAUCGACACACCAUAUGGCGCUUUGAUCGACAAUAUGCAGAUCAAAGACAAGAAGGGAAAGGAACGGAGUUUCCCAACAUUGAAUCUGAAAGCCUGGAUGUGGUACGUCGUCAAGAACCUGCCUGUUAGUUUUUUCAGCAGGAAGUUCCUGGAACACCCGCCCAAGGCAAACACACCUUGGUCCCAUCUGGUGAACCAACUUCCUGGCGGCCUCUCGCAGUUCACCCACCACCUCCUGCAAGCACUGAAGCUUGAGGACUUCGAGCAUGGUUUGCUUCUGGACUCGGGCGGUGAACGAGUUAUGUUCUUCGCCAAGCUGGACACCAUGGUGGCAGAUGAAGCUGCCUUGAAGGCAGUCUUUGAUGUGAAGGGCUCCUCGGGGACACUAACAUGUCCUUUGUGCUCCAAUGUUGUUGCCAAGACGAGCAUGCUGGAAGGCUGCGACACAACUGGGACACUGGUACCUGUGCACGAAACUGCUCUGGAGAAGUUUUGUGCAAGAACGGACAAUACCAUCUGGCAGGGCUGCAGGUUACUGCAAAGCCGAUGUGGCCAAGUCUCCAAGAAGGCUUUUGAGCAGCUGGAGCAGUCACUGGGGAUGAACCAUAACCCAGAUGGUGUCCUGUUCCAUGGGAGUUUGCCUUUGGCCUCCACUUUGAUGUACGACUGGCUACACUGUUACUUGGUAGCAGGACUGAUGCACGUGGAGCUGGGGCUUUUGUUCCCCAUACUCUAUACCCACGGUGUGACAGUGGAAAGUCUGAAAGACUGGAUGUGUUCCUUCGAAUGGCCCUACGGCUUGAGGACACACCGCAACGAGACACUGAGGAUUUUCGACAAGAGAAUUCCCCCUGGCGAGUUCAAGUGUAGUGCCUCUCAAGGUCUGAACCUGUACCCAUUGCUGCGACUUUUCUUGCUCAGUCUUGCAACAGGAAGCAUUCCAGAUUUACUGGCAAAGGCGAUGACCAGUUGUUUGAAUUUGUUUCUCGUCCUGGAUCUCUUGCUUAAAGGGAACCGGGGAGAGCAGGUGCCACCAGACGAUUUGGAGGCCGCCAUCCUCAAACACUGCCGGGCAUUUCUCAGUGCAUAUGGCUCCGAGCAUGUUGUGCCUAAAUUCCACUAUAGCCUGCACCUUGGCGCUUUUGCUCGAAAGAAACCGCUGAUUUCCUGCUUCACUCACGAAAGAAAGCAUCGCCAAAUCAAACAGCUGGCAAACGAGAUUCACAACCCUGGAGACUGGUUUGAGAAAUCCGUCUUCAGAGACGUGUGGGGCGAAGUGAUCCUGCAGAUGCAAGCGGACUCUUUCAGUCUGCAGCCCCAUCUGCUGUCACCCAAGAAAGCUACGAUCUCUUUGCAGGCCACGUUGAAUGCAAACUUCGGCGAUCGAGCAUGCGGUGCGACUGUUUCCUUUCAGGCCGUUUGCAGGCCGGGCCAGAGCUGCGAGAAAGGUGAUCUCGUGCUGCUUUCUUCUGGUGAUGUGGUCCAAGUGUGGCUGCAUUGCCGCCUGUAUGACGGGGACAUGUGCACUUUGUGUAGCAUUCUGAAGCCUCUGGGUACGAAUCGCUUCCUCCUGGACGAUUCCACGGCUCGGUUUAUUCCGAGUGUCCACAUCCAGAGGGCAUGCUACUAUAAGAAGUGUCCCAAGGAUGGCGAGGUCGUGGUCACUCCUGCCUAA